AGGAACGGUUUGUUCAGUCUUUUCUUUCUACUCGUACUCGUCCGGAGUACAAGAAGAACUCCAAUGUCUCGUUUCUCUUCUGCUGUUACCAACCCGACGUCGAUCAUGCUUGGAUCUCGUGCUUCUUAGCUUCACUUCGGACAUCCAGUUCCGGUACCUUACCAGAAGGCCACUUCGACAUUUCGACCAUUUAAUUGAGAAUAUUUUGCAGAAAUCCUCUCCACCAGAUACAGGAGUUUGGAGCCUGCUGGUUGGUGGCUUGAAUUCCAUAUCACACACUCAAGGACUGGAUCAAUAUCCAUUCCCAUACCGAGGCCAGCACACUUUCUUUCAUGACAACAGAGUUGCAAUAUGCCUCUCGGGGAACUAAACACAGGAUCGGACGAGGAUGCCGUCCUUGAAGAAAAGAAGACGAAAUCGCAGAACCACUCACCAGCACCGAUUGGACAUGCAUCGACGAAGACGACAACAACACCAAAUGGCCAUCCGUCCGGCAACGACAACACUGAUUUGGCCCGACAUGAGACCGCGCACACGACUCUAGGUCAAGAGCCCAGCCUGACCAACACGGCGUCUCGAGUACCCACGGCCACGAAACCACCGUCCUUUUCCCUCUUCCACGAGAUCCUGUUUGUGUCGGUGAUAACGUCCGCACAGCUCCUCACCCAGGCCGCUCUCGCUCAAUCCAUCGCCCCCCUCCACGUCAUCGGACGGACCUUCAACACCACCAACCCGGGCCACCUGUCGUGGUUCCCCGCGGGCUACUCUCUGACGGUGGGAACGUUCAUCCUCCCCGCCGGCCGAUGGGGUGACCUCUUUGGGCACAAGAAGCUGUUUGUGUUGGGCUAUUGCUGGUUCGCCGUCUGGUCUCUGGUGGCGGGCUUCAGUGCCUUCUCCCAUUCUCUCAUCUUUUUCGCGUUCUGUCGCGCCAUGCAGGGGAUAGGCCCCGCCAUCAUGCUUCCCAAUGGAAUCGCGGUGCUCAGCAGGACGUACCCUCCCGGCCCGAGAAAGGACAUGGUCUUGAGUCUGUUCGGAGCGGCGGCGCCCGGGGGUUACCUCGUCGGCGCCGUGUUUUCCGGGAUAUUCACCCAGUUUGUUUGGUGGCCCUGGGCGUACUGGGUGUUGGGCAUGGUGUGUGUCGUCGUGGCGGUCCUGGUCGUCUUUGUCGUCCCAGACUUGCCGGUCGCCGGUGGAGCGGUGACAUUUCAAGAACUCGACGUCAUGGGGACAAUCAUCGGCGUGGCAGGUUUGGUUUUGUUCAAUUUCGCGUGGAACCAAGGUCCCGGCGUGGGUUGGGAUACGGUCUACGUCUACGUUUUGUUGAUUGUCGGCGUUGCCUUGUUGGCGUUGUUCUUCUGGUUCGAAAAGUACAGGGCCACUUUCCCACUCGUCCCCAUGUCUUCAUUCACCCGCGACACGAGACUGGUGUUUGCCUGUGAGGCGUUUGGUUGGGCUAGCUUUGGUAUCUGGGUAUUUUAUCUGUGGCAAUUUCUGGAACUUUUGCGAGGUCAGACGAUCCUCCUGACUGCGGCCAUGAUCGUACCAACCGCCAUAUCCGGUGCCAUCGCUGCCAUCACGACUGGCUUCGUCAUCGGCAAGAUCCAACCAGGUUGGGUACUGUUGAUCGCCAUGACGGCGUUUUGUGUCGGUAACAUCUUGCUGGCGACCAUGCCGGUGCAUCAGACCUUUUGGGCACAGGCCUUUGUCGCCCUGGUCGUCACCCCUUGGGGUAUGGACAUGAGUUUCCCCAGCGGCGUGAUCGUCUUGUCGAACCACAUGCCGCCCGAGCAUCAAGGUUUGGCCGCGAGCCUGAUCAAUACCGUGGUCAAUUAUUCGAUCAGUAUCGGUCUGGGCAUGGCAGGGACCGUCGAGACGCACGUCAACAAUGGCGGGAGAAAGCAAUUGGAGGGAUACAGGGGUGCGUGGUAUCUCGGUAUAGGCCUGGACGGGUUGGGGAUCAUCCUGGCCGUCUGUUUGAUCUUCUCUUGGAGGGCGACGGCCAAGUCGAAGGAGAAGGCAUUGAAAGAGACGAACGAAGCUUGAAUACCGUACACAAGGUCCGUCAGAUUGAUUUAGUGGGAGAGUAAAUAGAAAUGGGCUUAAUUUCAUGACCGCAUCAGAUUAUCGGUCUCUA